AUGGUGUCUCCUACUCUAGCGCGCUUGACCGCGCAGGUUCAUAUAACCGGACUUCCAAUGCCAAAGAACCUAUCCGAAAGCAAGCUGCUACUGGCCGCGCUUCAGAAAUUCGGAGAAGUAAUAACAUACCGCAACCUCAAGUACGACACAACCAACAACUCGCCAAACCAAAACCGCCCAAUCCUCGCGAUCUUUGAGACAUCGGACGCAGCAGACCGCGCGAUAGCAGCUUCGCCCAUAACCAUUCCCUUACCGACACCCACCUCCACCUCCUCUAAAUAUCAACAUUCAAUCUCUACCCCCUUCACAUCUACCAAUUCACCCUCCAAUACCGCGCGUUCAUUAACCUUCGAAAUCCAACCCUCCCGCCACAACCACGCCUCCGCCCUCAAACGCAGCCCCUUCUACUCCACCUACAACCUCUUUAAAAACAAUCCCAUAUACGAAGAUCUGAUCAGCGACGAGACCGGUAUUCCGCUCAAAGAACUGGCUGAUACGCUCCCGAGCAAGAAGUAUCCCAUUGGCGCGGGCGUCAAGUCUAAUAUCCAGGAGGAGAAUCGGCGAAUGGGCGCGACGAGUUUGGUGAAUAUGUGGAAGGAGGGGAUGGGGAUUGAUAUUGAGGGUGAGAAUGAGGGACAGGGGUCUGGUGAAAAUCCUGCGAUUGGACAUGGCGGUGGUAUAAGGGAGCCUGGGGAGGGAUUGGACGAGAAGCAGAGGUCGAUGGUCUGA